CCCCUUUUCCAGGGUUGAUGGCGGUCUGGCACCAACGACUGCCCACAGGUCCAAGGUUGCGGCCACCGCCUUCAUAAUAAACCCCGUCGCAAGAGGAACUCGUAUUUUCCGCUACGCGUCUCUUCAAGCUCACCAACCGCACCUGCUGGCCGUGUCGUAUUAUCGUCGUUCAUCUAGCCCAAAGCGUCCCAGGUCUCUGCAGCAAAACACUCCGUUGCUCCCCUCGGCGCGGCUUUUGACGAACCCAAGUGCUGUAUCGUUCCAGCCCGAGGUACUUUGCUCGCAAUGGCGGAUAUCACUGUCGACGUCCUCGUUAUCGGUGCCGGCCCGACCGGUCUGGGUGCCGCCAAGCGCCUCAACCACCUUAAUGGGCCUUCUUGGCUGAUCUUGGAUGCGAAUGAGAAAGCUGGUGGUCUCGCUUCCACCGAUGUCACUCCUGAGGGCUUCCUCUACGAUGUCGGCGGCCACGUCAUCUUCUCCCACUACAAGUACUUCGACGAUUGUCUCGACGAGGCCUUGCCCAAGGAGGAUGACUGGUACACGCACCAACGCAUCUCGUACGCGCGGUAUAAGGGCCAGUGGGUUCCUUACCCGGUCCAGAACAAUAUUUCGAUGAUGCCCAAGGAGGACCAGGUCAAGUGCAUCGACGGCCUCAUCGAUGCUGCCCUGGCCGCCCGUGUUGCGACCACCAAGCCCAAGGACUUUGACGAGUGGAUCGUGCGGACCUGCGGCGAAGGUCUCGCUGAUGUCUUCAUGCGCCCGUAUAAUUACAAGGUCUGGGCUGUGCCAACCACCAAGAUGCAAUGCCAAUGGCUCGGUGAGCGUGUCGCGGCGCCCGACGUCAAGACCGUCACCAGGAACGUCAUUCUCAAUAAGGUCGCCGGAGGUUGGGGCCCCAACGCUACCUUCAGGUUUCCGGCAAGGGACGGCACCGGCGGCAUUUGGAUCGCUGUGGCUAACACGCUCCCGGACGAGAAGAAGCGAUUCGGCAAGAAGGGCGAGGUUACCAAGGUCGACGCCGAGAAGAAGAUUGUCACGGUGGCAGAUGGCACGACGAUCCAGUACAGCAAGCUCAUCAACACCAUGGCUUUGGACCACCUUGCCGAGAAGAUGGGGAACCAGGAGCUCGUCAAGCUGACCAAGGGUCUUUUCUAUUCCUCCACCCACGUCAUCGGCGUCGGUAUCCGCGGGGCGCGCCCUGAGCGCAUCGGCGAUAAGUGCUGGCUCUACUUCUCCGAGGACAACUGCCCCUUCUACCGCGCCACCAUCUUCUCAAACUACUCGCCUUACAACCAGCCUCAAGCCGACGUCAAGCUUCCCACCCUGUUCCUGGGAGACGGCAGCAAGCCCAAGAGCAGCGAGGCUAAGGAAGGGCCUUACUGGUCCAUCAUGCUCGAGGUGUCGCAAUCGAGCAUGAAGCCCGUGGAUGAGCCAAAUCUGCUCAGGGACUGCAUUCAGGGUCUCAUUAACACGGAAAUGAUCAACCCCGACGAUGAGAUUGUCUCGACAUACCAUCGCAAGUUCGACCACGGCUACCCAACGCCGUCGCUCGAGAGAGAGGGCGUCCUCCAGGAGCUCCUUCCCAAGCUCCAGGCCAUGGAUAUCUGGUCGCGCGGCCGCUUCGGCAGCUGGAGAUAUGAGGUCGGAAACCAGGACCACUCUUUCAUGCUGGGUGUCGAGGCGGUCGACAACAUUGUCAGCGGCGCCGUCGAGCUGACGCUCAACUACCCCGACUUUGUCAACAGGCGUCAAAACACAGAGCGCCGCCUCGCGCAGCCCUUCUUUGCACCGGGGUCAGCCUCCAGCAAUAGCAUCCCUAUCAGGGGCGCCUCUACAGCAUGAGGCGCCGGGACAGCGCACCUGCCUGCGGGCGUCCGUGGCGACUGCCUAUGCCCUAUAUUUGAAAUAUAACGUAGUCAAGGGACCCUAGUGGCGGAGCCCCGCCUGCCAUACUGGCCGUGGGGAUCCUUUUCUGUUCGUGGCUUUGUUUCACGUUAUGCUUGCAAGUACUUGUUAUUGCAGAGAGAACCGCUUAAAGCUGCGGAUUAUAGCAUAGAUGGACGGGAGAUUUCGUGCCAGCGGUUCGUUAUAGACAGCUGACGUUUCGGCCAUAGAAAUAAUAAUACAAGCUUGGAAGGGGAACAUUAACAACCCGCCUCCCCGGCCACGUCUCUCAUGUCUUUACCCUAUUUGACGUGUAAACACGUAAAGGUGCCUCGAGACGGCCUAGCCUCUGCUGGAUUGGCUGCGUGUCCAUUGCGAGGUCGCUGACUGCUACCACGGUAUGCUGUUAUUGUAUCUUACAGUUUGUACAUAG